AUGCAGCGCCUCCUCCCCCCGCGCGCCCGCCAGCUCUGGGGCCACGCCCCGCGCGUGCGGUCGCUCGCCUACAACCGCCGCACAUUCGCCUCGGUCGCCGACCCAGAACAGCCCUACGACGUAAUCGUCAUCGGCGGCGGCCACGCCGGCUGCGAGGCGUCGACGGCGGCCGCGCGCGCCGGCGCCCGCACCGCGCUCAUCACGCCGUCGCACGCGAAUCUGGGCGUGUGCUCGUGCAACCCGUCGUUUGGCGGGAUCGGCAAGGGCACGAUGCUGCGCGAGAUCGACGCGCUGGACGGCGUCGUCGGGCGCGUGGUCGAUCGCGCCGGCGUGCAGUUCCGCGUGCUCAAUCGCAAGAAGGGGCCCGCGGUUUGGGGGCCCAGAGCGCAGAUCGAUCGCGUGCUGUAUCAGCGCUAUAUGCAGGAGGAGAUUGAGGGGUAUGAGGGGUUGAGUGUGCUGGAGGGGAAGGUGGCGGAUAUCAUUGUGGAGAGGAGCGAGGAGGGGGGACGGUAUGGGCGGAUUACGGGGGUGCGGCUGGAGAACGGGAGGGUGGUGCAGGCGGCGAAUGUGGUGAUUACGACGGGGACGUUUCUGGGGGGCGAGAUUCACAUCGGGCUGGACUCGUAUCCGUCGGGGCGCAUGGGCGAGGCGGCGACGUUUGGGCUGAGCAAGAGCCUGAAGGACGCCGGGUUCACGCUGGGGCGGCUCAAGACGGGGACGCCGCCGCGGCUGGACGCAAAGUCGAUCAACUUCAAGGUGCUCGAGGCGCAGGAGGGCGACAGUCCGCCGACGCCGUUCAGCUACUUGAACGAGCGCGUGCAGGUCGAGCGCCAGCUGCUCAACCACGAAACCCGCACCAACGAGGCCGGCCACGACAUCAUCCGCCAGAACCUCCACAGGUCCAUCCACAUCCGCGAGACGGUCAAGGGGCCGCGGUACUGCCCCUCGCUCGAGUCCAAGAUCAUCCGCUUCACCGACAAGACCAGCCACAUCAUCUGGCUGGAGCCCGAGGGCUUCGACAGCGACGUCAUCUACCCGAACGGCAUCUCGUGCACCGUCCCGCCCGAGGUCCAGGAGGCGUUUCUGAAGACGGUGCGCGGGCUGGAGGACGUCAAGAUGCUGCAGCCCGGCUACGGCGUCGAGUACGACUACGUCGACCCGCGGCACCUGCGCGGCACGCUCGAAACGAAGAACGUCGCCGGGCUCUUCCUCGCGGGCCAGAUCAAUGGCACCACAGGCUACGAAGAAGCCGCGGGCCAGGGCGUCGUCGCGGGCAUCAACGCCGGCCUGCGCAGCCUGGGCAAGGACCCCAUGGUGCUCACGCGCGCCGACGGCUACAUCGGCAUUAUGAUCGACGACCUGAUCACCAAGGGCGUCUCCGAGCCCUACCGCAUGUUCACCUCGCGCAGCGAAUACCGCAUGUCUGCGCGCGCCGACAACGCCGACACCCGCCUCACGCCCCUCGGCCGCGCCCACGGCGUCGUCACCGACGCGCGAUGGCGCUCCUACUCGGACACGGCGGCGCAGAUGGCCUCGCUCACCGACCUCCUGCAGUCGCACACCAUGGGCGCCCCCAGCUGGAAGCUCGCCGGCUUCCACGUCCGCACCGACAGCACCAAGCGCUCCGCCUACGACCUCCUGCGCCUCCCGCACACCUCCCCGGCCUCGCUCACCCGCCUGCUCCCCGCCAUCUCCGCCUUCCCCACCCACGUCGCCGAGCGCGUCCACAUCGAAGCCGCCUACGCCCCGCACGUCGACGCCCAGACGGCCACGCAGGCGCGCUGGCUGCGCGACGAGGCCCUCGCGCUCCCGCUCGACCUCGACUUCGACGCCAUCUUCGGGCUGAGCUUCGAGGAGAAGGCGGCGCUGCGCGUCGCGCGGCCCGAGAGCGUGGGCCGCGCGCGCCGCGUCGAGGGCGUCACGCCCGCGGGCGCGCUGCGGCUGCUGCAGUACGUCAAGGGCGUGGGGCGCGAGGAGCGCUCGCGGCGGGUGCGCGAGGAGGUGGAGGCGCGCAAGGCGCUGUAUCGCGGCGCCGAGUGA